ACUACACGGCGACUCUUUUUUUCUGCAUCUCGGAUCUGGUCAUGAUCGAUCCCAUGUAUCAGUACAGCCUUGCAUGGUUCAUUAACCUGUUCGUAUUGAGCGUUGCAGGAAGUUCUCGGGCAGCAACUGUGAAUCAGAGGCUGGAACACAUCCAUAAGCAUUUCACGUACUCCCUCUACUGCAACGUGUGUCGUUCGCUUUUUGAGAAGGACAAACUCCUUUUCGGGUUCUUGUUGACUACACGCAUCCUCGGCGGCCGUGGCCUAGUAGAUAAGGACGAGUUGACCUUCCUUGUCAUGGGAUCGAUAGGAGGGCCUGGUGAAUAUAAGAACCCUGCGAAGGACUGGCUGUCAGAUAAGCAAUGGGAAGAAGUUUGCCACCUAGCGAGGCUGCCGGGUUUUUCGGGGCUGGCUUUGUCCAUCCCCACUCACGAGCGUGACUGGAGGGAAAUAAGUAUUGGGCCAGAGCCACAGAGAAUACGGUUUCCGAAGCCAUAUGACAAGCUCAGCAGCUUCCAAAAGCUGCUUAUUGUGCGAUGCAUCAGGCCUGAUAAAGUGGCUUCAGCUCUGCAGGACUUCGUUGUCGAGAUAAUGGGCCGCCAGUUCGUGGAGCACCCUGCUGUCAGCUUAGCCGCAUGCUACGCGGAAUCGUCACCCAAUUGCCCACUGUUGUUCGUCCUAUCAUCGGGAAGUGAUCCCACGUCUGGAUUGCUGCAGUUCGCUUACGAACGAGAUAUGUCCGAUAAAAUUUACCCGAUCUCCUUAGGUCAAGGACAAGGACCCAAGGCCGCCGCCAUUAUCGCCGAUGCUGUAUUGGCGGGUGCCUGGGUGCUCCUUCAGAACUGCCAUCUGGCGCCGUCCUGGAUGCCGUCGCUUGAGAAUUUGACUGAAAACAUCAAUCCAGAAACAGUCCAUCCUGACUUCCGACUUUGGAUGACAUCCUAUCCGAGCUCAAAGUUCCCUGUGUCCAUCCUGCAGAGCAGCGUGAAAAUGACGAACGAGCCUCCCAAGGGAUUGCGGAAUAACAUGAGAAGAUCAUUCGGAUUAGACCCCGUUGCCUCAGACGAAUUUUUCGAAACGUCGAAAAGACCCAAAUCAUUUAAAGCACUUCUCUUUGGACUCUGUUUUCUCCACGCCGUGGUUCAAGAGCGAAGAAGGUUCGGGCCCUUAGGCUGGAACAUUCCUUAUAGCUUUGAUGAUGGGGAUUUUCGGAUCAGUGCGCGUCAGCUUAAGAUGUUCAUCGAUGAUGCGGCAACGAUGUACAACGAUGAGAAUACGGUCAAGGAUAACAACGGGUUGCUUCAGGACAGCCGAGAUUAUCGCGACAGUGACAGCGAGAACCCAGAACAUAUGUCCCGAGAGCUGCCCCUAGAAGCCCUCAGAUAUGUAACUGGCGAAUGCAAUUACGGCGGCCGAGUAACAGAUGAUAGGGACAGAACGCUUCUCCACACCAUUCUGCGCCGGGUCUAUUGUUUGGAUAUACUGCGGCCAAACUACAGGCUAUCGGAAUCCGGAAUAUAUUACGUUCCUUCAGCAGGGUCGCGAGAGUCAUACAUCGAGUACGUUCAAACGUUACCGUUGGUCGCCGAUCCAGAGGCCUUCGGCCUCCACCCCAAUGCUAAUAUCAGCAAGGAUAUGCAUGAUACCAGCCAGCUUUUGGGCUCAAUGUUGGUAAUAACCGCUGCAUACGAUGGGAACAGGCCUGGGAUCAACCCAGCCGGCAAAGGAACCAAACUUGCAAAACCAGCUUCGAUACAACGCGGUGGGAAAGGUUUAGCGGGAACGAUUGAAGAUAACGUCGUGCAAUUGGCGAGGGACAUCCUUAACAAACUGCCUCAAAACUUUGAUCUAGAAGCUUGUCAGAAGAAGUUUCCGAUACUGUAUGAGGAGAGCAUGAACACAACACUGUGCCAAGAAAUGUCCCGGUACAACCGUCUGCUGAAUGUUGCGCGAACGUCGCUUCAACUUCUCGCUAAGGCUCUGCAGGGGCUCGUGUUGAUGUCGACCGACCUCGAAACCACAUAUCGUCGCCUUACCCUCAACCAGGUACCCCAGGUGUGGCUAAAAGUAUCCUAUCCCUCCCUCAAGCCACUCGGAUCGUACGUUACAGACCUUCUUGCCAGGCUUCAAGCGCUCCAAACGUGGUACGAACGAGGAAGGCCCGCAGUUCAUUGGAUAUCCGGCUUCUUCUUCGCUCAGUCCUUCUUGACGGCUACACUGCAAAACUACGCGCGAAAGUACAAAAUACCGAUCGACACCGUCGGGUUCGAUUCCGAGAUGUUAGACAUGGACCAUAACAACUACCCUGUCGGGCCAGAAGAAGGGGUUUAUAUUCGAGGCCUCCACUGCGAGGGCUGCUCCUGGGACGAGCACACUAAGAUGCUCUGUGAAUCAAAACUUGGGAGACUCUACGCCUCGGCGCCCGUUAUGUGGUUGAAACCCGUUCCAGCAAGGGACUUACACACACGUCACUGCUAUGAUUGCCCGGUUUAUCGAACAACUGAGCGUAAAGGGAUCCUAGCCACAACAGGCCACUCUACGAACUUCCUGACGAGCAUCAGAAUUCCAACUGAUAAACCUGCAAGUCACUGGAUCAUGCGCGGUGCAGCACUCAUUGCGGCCCUGUCGGACUAGGAGUCUAAUAUCGCCUGCGAAGAAACUUCCUGCUCAUAAGACUCGUCACCUCGAACCAGUCGCGCGCUCACAUUCUCUUGACCGUACCUCGGUGUAAUGAAUUUCGUUGUACUGA